UCUUUGUUCCACGCUUACCAAAGUUUUCUCCACGAUUUAAAGCAGAUUCCCAUUUCUCUGUCAUUCAAGACAUGUUUCCAACUUCUGCAUUGUACAGACAAAUCCCAUUUUGAAUUCUCUUUUUCUUCCUUUUGAUCUUUACUUGCCAGGUCAAGUCUUCACCUGUAGCAAAAGCCAAGUUUCAAAUAUGCAGACUGCUUGACAAGGAUGGUCAAGGUGGAUGGUUUUCUCUGCUCCAUAAUAGCAGAUGGUUAAAGGGUUGCAUCAAAUUCACAUUUUAAGCAGUCCCUUUUCAUUUCUUGCAGUAUUUAGCAGAAAGAAUCAAACAAUUGCAAACUUUAAGAAUUAUUUCUGUUAGCCUUUAUUCUUUUUGGUGUUAUUGUUGUGCUGUUUCAAACAUGAAAUUGACAGUGCUGAUGCUAGUAAUCUUUCUGCUAUUGGUGCUACUUGACAAUUCCGUGGACUGUCAAAGGCCUAGUGUUGUAAAAAUAGGUGCAGUUUUUACUUUCGAUUCAGUUAUUGGCAGAGCUGCAAAGGCUGCCAUGGAACUUGCUGUUUCGGAUAUCAAUGCUGAUCCUCGAAUCCUGAAUGGAACCCAAUUGAAGUUGAUUAUGGAGGAUGCAGAAUGCAACGUCUUUUUAGGAUCCAUGAGAGCAUUUCAGGUACUUGAUAAUGAAGUAGUUGCAAUUAUUGGCCCACAGUCUUCUCCGAUAGCUCAUAUGAUCUCUCAAAUUGCUAAUGGGCUUCAUGUGCCCCUUGUCUCGUAUGCUGCCACUGAUCCAACUUUAUCAGCCUUACAAUUUCCUUACUUUCUACGAAGUACACAUAGUGACUCUUAUCAAAUGGAGGCUGUGGCUGAUUUUAUCAACUUUUAUGGAUGGAAAGAGGUUAUUGCCAUCUUUAUUGACAAUGAUUAUGGAAGAAAUGGGAUAUCUGUUUUAGGGGAUAAGCUCACAGAGAAGAUGGCUGUAAUUUCUUAUAAACUAGCCUUACCAUCUCAAUUUGAUGUGAAUUUUAUUACUGACGUUCUUAACAAUUCCAAGUAUUUAGGUCCUCGUGUUUAUGUUGUGCACAUUAAUCCUGACCCAAUGUUGAGAUUCUUCCACAUAGCACAGCAGCUCAACAUGAUGACUAGUGAAUAUGUUUGGCUUGCAACUGAUUGGCUUUCUUCCACUUUAGAUUCACUAUCAAAAGACAAUCAAGAUUUGUUCAGCAUGCUUGAAGGUGUAAUUGUGUUUCGGCCUCAUACUCCUACAACCACCCUGAAGAAAGCCUUUGUGUCUCGGUGGAGGAAACUACAGCAAAGGGAUGCAGUACAUUCAGGAUUGAAUGUGUAUGGACUUUAUGCAUAUGACACAGUAUGGGCAGUUGCACAUGCAAUCGACAAAAUUUUAAAACAGCAUAUCAACAUUUCAUUUUCUUCCAGCAGCACAUUACAAGAUGCAAAGACAAAUAGGAUGCAGCUCGGGAAGUUUAAAGUUUUCAAUGGUGGAGAACUUCUGCUCAAAAUUUUGUCAGAAACAAACCUCACUGGCUUAACUGGCCAGAUUCGAUUUAAUGCAGAUAGGAACAUUAUCUUAACUGGUUAUGAGGUUGUCAACAUUGUGCGAAUGGUAACCCGCAUAGUCAGUUAUUGGUCAAACCAUACUGGUUUCUCUCUUUUGCCACCUGAAUUCCGCAAGGAAAAUCAGACCAGCUAUUCCCAUCCAGAUCAAAAGAUUGACAAUGUUACAUGGCCUGGUGGGAUGACUAAAAAGCCGCGUGGAUGGGUGAUUGCCAAUGGCGGAAGACCGCUCAGAAUUGGAAUUCCCAAGAGGGCCAGUUUUACAGAGUUUGUAACUGAAUUGAACAAAAGCCACAAUGUUCAAGGUUAUUGCAUUAACCUGUUUGAUGAGGCACGACAACUAGUUCCAUACGAUGUUCCUUCCACAUUUGUGCCUUUUGGCAAUGGUCUUUCCAAUCCAAACUAUGAUGCUUUGGUGAAAAUGGUGGCUGAUGGUGUUUUUGAUGCAGCUAUUGGGGAUAUUACUAUUGUGACAAACAGAACGAGGAAUGCUGAUUUCACUCAGCCCUUUGCUGCUACUGGGCUUGUCAUAGUUGUUCCUAUUGACAAUUCAAAGUCAACUCCUUGGGUCUUUGUCAAACCCUUUGCAUUGAAACUUUGGGCUGUCAUUGCAAUCUCUUUUGUUGUAAUAGCAGUUGUUAUAUGGAUACUUGAGCACCGCGUCAAUGAUGAAUUUCGUGGCCCUCCUAAACAACAGCUUAGAACAAUGUUCCUGUUUAGCUUCUCAACUCUAUUCAAGACAAAUCAAGAAAAAACAAUAAGCCCGCUGUCACGAAUGGUGAUGGUGGUCUGGCUGUUCCUCUUGAUGGUUGUUACAUCAAGCUACACAGCAAGCUUGACAUCAAUCCUUACAGUCCAGCAGCUUUCAUCAUCUACUAUCACGGGAAUUGACAGCUUGAUUGCCAGUGAUUGGCCUAUUGGUUAUCAAGUCGGAUCAUUUGCUUAUAGCUAUUUAAAGGACAAUCUCAACAUACGAAAAUCAAGACUUGUGUCUCUAGGCUCCCCAGAAGAAUAUGAGAAGGCCCUCAGGCAAGGGCCAAAAUCUGGAGGGGUAGCUGCUAUAGUGGACGAGCUUCCGUACAUUGAAUUGUUUCUUUCCAAGCGCACUGAUUUUAUAAUUGUUGGACAGCCAUUUACAAAGGGUGGUUGGGGCUUUGCUUUUCAAAAGGACUCUCCCCUUGCAGUGGACAUGUCAACAGCAAUCCUAAAGCUUGCAGAGAGUGGGAAACUCCAGGAGAUCCAUCACAAAUGGUUCUGUAAGCCAGAAUGUCCAGCACAGAGAAUACAAAACCCUGAUCCUAAUCAGCUGCAUUUAAGAAGCUUUUUGGAACUGUUUAUACUAUGCGGUGUUUUCAGCCUUGGAGCCCUUUUACUCUUUCUAUUCAGAGUUGCUAGGCAAUAUGCAAGGUACCAGAAGAAGCAGAUGGAAACUCCUACUUCUUCAACCACACUCUCAUCAAACGUACAUUGUUCAAAGGUCCUUCACAACUUCUUUGACUUCAUUGAUGAGAAGGAAGAGGCAAUCAAAAGAUACUUCAAUCAGCAUAACAACUCUCAGUCUCAAGUGAGUUGAUAAGCUAAAUUCCUACCAUCAAGCUUCUAACUUUUUUCAGUUAUCCUUGUUGCAAAGCUAAGUUCCUACCAUCAAAAAGAAUCCUUAGCCAUAGACGGUGUAUAUAUGUCCUUUUAGGUAAAAGAUUUUCUCUUGUAUUCCUUGUCUCAUUUUGAUGAUGAAAUUUGACACGACCUAGUUAGCUACUUAGUUGUUGAGUCUAGCUUACAGUAUAGUUUGUCCUUUCAAUGUAACAAAUGGAAUAGAUCUAACAGAUCUAACGGGGGAAAAGAAAAGGUUAGGACAAGAGUUUACUGCAACAAUUUCUCAUUGCUGGACUGGUUCACAAUGUUCUACGCAUAAUCCUGCAACUGGUUAUGAUUCUUCAUGUUGUUCAAAAACAUGUAGCUACGUCUGUUUGGACCGUGGUAUAUUUGAUUACAUCACAGAUAUAUUAUAUAUUUUUUAAUAA